CUCUCCCCUACUACUACUACUACUCCAUAGCUUUAAUCCUAAAAAAAAGUUCUGAUUAUCAGCAAGUUCAAGAGCAUGGAUCAUAUGGAGGAGCGUCCAAUUACCAGUGUUUGCCACGUGGUGGCGAUGCCGUUCCCCGGCCGAGGACACAUCAACCCCAUGAUGAACGUCUGUAAGUUGUUAGCUUCAAGAAACCCAGCAACUCUCAUCACCUUCGUUGUCACGGAAGAGUGGCUUGGCUACAUCGGCUCCGAUCCCAAGCCAGCAAACAUCCGGCUCGCAUCAGUACCCAACGUAAUACCCCCGGAGAGGCUUAAAGCGGCGGACUUCUCUGGCUUUUACGAAGCUGUCAUGACAAGGAUUGAAGCUCCGUUUGAGGAGCUCCUGGAUCUGCUUGAUCCGCCGGCUGUUAGUGCGAUCUUAGGCGAUGUUGAGCUCCGGUGGGUGAUUGGCGUCGGGAAUCGCAGGAAUAUUCCGGUGGCAUCAGUUUGGACCAUGUCAGCGUCACUCUUCUCCAUGCUUUAUCAUUUUGACAUCUUUACACAGAGCCGAACCCGGCACUCACCGCUUGAUCUUUUAGCAAAUGUGAACUAUGUUCUGGGAAUUUCUCCAAAACAUUUGUCAGAGCUAAAACAAAUUUUCCUUACCAACGACCAUAAAGUGUUGAAGCUUCUGCUUGAAUGCAUUUCAAUGGUCCCAAAUGCACAAUAUAUUUUACUCACCUGCUUCCAUGAGCUUGAGUCCCCAAUAAUCAACUCUCUGAAAUCAACCUUCUCAAUUCCUGUCUAUCCUAUCGGUCCUGCUAUACCUUACUUAGACCUUCAAUCUCAAAACAGUCAAAACAACCCUGACUAUCUAAAGUGGCUAGACUCUCAACCACCAGACUCUGUUUUGUACAUCUCAUUGGGAAGUUUUCUUUCCGUUUCAAGUACCCAAUUCGACGAAAUUUUGGUUGGUCUGCAAAACAGUGGCGUCCAAUUCUUGUGGGUGGCUCGUUCUGAGGCAGAUCGGCUAAGAGAGAGCUGUGGUGAUUCAGGUUUAGUGCUAUCCUGGUGUGAGCAAUUGAAGGUUCUGUGUCAUUCUUCCGUCAGUGGAUUUUGGACACAUUGUGGAUGGAAUUCAACUCUGGAAGCUGUUUUUGCUGGCGUUCCAAUGCUUACUUUCCCUUUGUUUCUUGACCAGGAUUCAAAUAGUGACCAAAUUGUCCAAGAAUGGAGAGUGGGUAAGUGGGUCAAAAGAGAGGAGGGAAAAGAAAGUUUGGUGAGCAAGGAGUAUGUGACAGAGCUUGUGCAAAAGUUUAUGGAUUUGGAAAGUGAAGUAGGAAAAGAGAUGAGAGGGCGAGCAAGAAAGCUUCGGGAGACUUGUCUAGGAGCUAUUGCUGAAGGUGGAUCAUCUUCUGCGAACCUUGAUGAAUUUAUCAAGGGUAUUUCAGGAGAGCACAGGCCACAAGCAUUAACCUCAAACACUACCGUUGUUGGAUGAAAGAGAGUACAUUACAUUAAUCGAUCGGAAGGCAAUGAACGUGUGGACUACAUACCCAGGAUUUUCUCAACCGGUUUUGUUGAUCUUACUCUUCCCAUCACCAAAAAGACCAGAACAUAUAGGCACGAAUCUUGGAAGCAUUUUCAUGGAUUCCGAAGGCUCAGUUUCUUCUCCUCACUACAAUAUAUGAACUUGAAACAAAGGUGGUGGAUAAUUCAGGAUCUAAUGGCUUAGUAGUGCCAUGGUGUGACUGUGACCAAAUGAGCGUGUUGUCACAUUCUUCCAUUGGAGGGUUCUUGACACACUGUGGAUUUCAGUCAAAGAAGGCAUUUUUUGCAGCUGUUCCAUUUCUUACAUUUCCGUUGUCUAUAGAUCAGUGCAUGAACAGUAAGCUGAUAGUGGAGGAUUGGUAGAUUGGUUGGGGAAUAAAGGACAGUGUUGGAGCAGAAAGCUUUGUCACAGGAGAUGUAGUCUCGAGGAUUGUGAAGAAAUUUAUGGAUUUGUACAGCAAAGAAGGAGAAAAUGAGGAGGAGAGCCAGAGACUUUCGGGAGAAAUUUAAACAGGCAAUGAACAAUGGUGGAUCUUCUAAUACUAAUGUUAAAGCAUUCAUUCAUCUAGUCCUUUAUGAUGCAGAUUUAUUUCUUUUGUUCUUGGUGACUAAACUAGCAAGUUUAAUUUCUAAUACACUGUUUUUAAAUUAGUAAGAUCUUUCGUAUCCUUCAAUUAA